UCUAAUUUUCCCUUUUUUAUUUUCCAUGGAUUACAACAGCCAGUGGCAACAACCGCCGGCGCCGGCAAUGCAGCCACCGGAAAUGAAUCAGUCAGCGGCGGUUGAUGCGUAUUACGCUUCCUAUUGUGCUCACUACGCAAAUCCAGACCCUAAUUUUAAAUUUGAUCUCCAAACACAUGAAUCAUUAGCUAUUGCAAUUCCACCAGCGCCUGGAGUUGUUGUUACGACGCCGUAUUACACUUUGGAUGCGAAUGCUCAGAACUUGGCUUGGCAAGAGUCUGUUCGUAUGUAUGGCACCGACCCUCUUGCGAUUACAGGACCUGAUGCUACAAGACAGUCUCAUAGCUUAUACCCGCCAGGUGCGGGUUUCUCUUGGACCGGCCACAUAGUUCAAGCUCAACUUCCUGGAUUGAAGAAAGUGUCAAAGAAGGGAAAGGUUGUUCGAUCUGCUUACUGCGAAGUUUGUAAAGUUGACUGUAAUGGUCCAAGUGUAUUCGAGCAACAUAUAUAUGGGAAGAAACACCUGAAGAACUUGAAAACAUGUUUACUGUCGUCAAACACAGAUUCUUCUUUGCCUGGACCAACAGUUGCGAUCCCUUUGAUAGGACCACAAGAAAAUCCGAGUAAAAGCAAGGCUAGGAAGAAAGGUGUGGAAUCAAUAACAGAAGAUCUAGAAACAAAGAGACGGAGAGUCGUUGAAUGUGGGGUGUCAAAUGAGUCGAUUAGACUCUGUAGAAUAUGCAACGUAGUUUGUAAUAGCGACACGGUUUACAAUGAUCAUUUGGCCGGUCAGAAGCACGCCGCUAAGGCAGCGAAGACCCCUGUAAAUACAUAGACUCUUGAAUCUUAUUUCUUACAUUCAUUGUAUUGCAUCAUUACA